AUGCCUUCGCGAGGACCUCCCACUGAAGGCCCUUUGGCCCAGCUGUACGAACACGUCGAGCUGCUGUCCUCCGACUACGAUCAGGAUGCUAUCUACGCCCAUCGUCUAGUCUGUGAAGAUAACAAUCAGGUUCUGUACGGUCCUUUUCUACAGUUCAAAACUCUCGAUAUCAAUAUCGGUCGCUGGUACAUGAUUCGUCGCGAGCGCGACUCGGGUCUGUCUACCGCCUCGGACGGCAAACCUGUAUACAUCACCCGGAGUCUUUCGCGCGAGGAUCGCCGCAACAUCGCCGAAUUCGUCACCGAAAACAAGAUCAAACUCCCCGCCAAGCGCGCUCGCGCCAGCCAGACCGCGGCACCGAAGCGUACGCGUACGGCUGCGCCGAAGGCCAAGCGCGCGAAGGCCGUGAAGAAAAGGGAGAUCGCCGCUCCUGCACGCGCUCGUAGCCGUAGUCCCAGCGUCGAGUUUGUGCGUAUCGUACCGGCGCCGGCCCUUUAUCCUGCACUCGUCGUGCAUGUUUUUUAUGAGGACAAGCAGGCGCCGAUGACCUUGACGCUGAACGCCCAAAAAGGCGCCCGAUUCAUUGCAAUGGACGCGCACGAAGGCCCCUUGCUCUCGGCCGAGGUCAAACAGUCCGAACGGGUCAAAAUACUCACGGUUGGCGCACCGGAACUCGAGUCCUGGUCGCCGUUUGUCGUCUCUCAGCUCCAAAUUCCCCGCACGGUGCCCUCCAUAGUGAUCGCGCGUUCCUGCGUACGCGUUUUCCAUGACGACCUUCAACGUCUCUAUCCUUACGCUCGUCCCGACGCCGACAAAUGGCCGGGACGCGUUCGCACCCAGUGUGCCGAAUCCAUCAACGUUGAUGAGCAACCUUCCUUCUUUACCUAG